AUGGGCAAAACGCCGGACCGUCUCGAUUCGAUUCGAUUCGACUCCCAUCCUAUCCUUCCUCUAAGGGUAAAGCCGCACCCCGCGAGCACAGCGCCAGCGUGUUACGAUCGGCUGGCCAUCCGACCGGCCGACGUGGUUGCUUUUGCCGCCUUCCCCUUUACUUUGUGCGUCGAUGGACUAGGGAUGAGUAGCUGCUUUGGCUCGGGACCCGCGGAUUCGCUGCGCCCGUCACGCCUCCUGUGCCGCGCGACACAAGACACAAGACAGGAGGAGGGCAGAGAUCGCGAGCUGCUGGAUGUUUUUUGCUUUUGGGAUCACAAAGGCGGGAGGCAGAGCAGGGUCAAGGUGCCCGGAGAGAUGGUGCGGCUCCCCCCUUUCCGCCAUCGGGGCCCUUGUCUUAUCUGCGCCCGAGUGACGCCCGUUGCAUACCACCGGGAUUCGCAAUGCAUCGCCCGGGACGGCUCGUUGACUGCUUUUUGCGGGCGAUGA